UAGAGGAGUAUCCUCACACAAGCUCCUCUGUUGAAGUCUUGACAAUGGCCUCCCUUCCCUUUUCUGCCCUCUCUCUGUUUUUUUCCCUCUGUGUUCUGCUAGUCUUGCCCACGCAUUCACUAGCCUGCAGCACCUCACAAAAAUUCACCAACAACAAGCAUUACACUAACUGCACUGACCUACCUGCCCUCAAGUCAUACCUCCACUACACCUACAACUCCUCCAAUUCCUCACUCUCAGUCGCGUUCAUCGCUUCUCCGGCCAAACCCGAUGGCUGGACCGGUUGGGGCAUCAACCUUAACGGCACCGGCAUGGCUGGGGCCCAAGUCAUUUUAGCUUUGAAAUCCAGCAAAGGCGCACCAGAGGUAAAAACAUACAACAUCAUAUCAUACAGUGACAUCAGGGAGGAGAGACUGUCUUUUGAUGUUUGGGAUUUGAGUGCUGAGACCAAUGCAACAAGUGGUGAGUUUACCAUCUAUGCAUCGGUUAAGUUGCCUGAAAAGGUUGAGUCUUUUAAUCAUAUUUGGCAAGUGGGUGCUGCUGUGAAUAAUGGGAAGCCUGUCAAGCAUGAAUUUGCAGCAGAGAACAAGGAUGCUAAAGCAACUUUGGAGUUGACUACUGCUCAGAAAACUGGUAAGUCUGCUACCACCACCACCCCAGCUGGUGGCAAUUCAACAGGCAAUGGUACUACUAGUUCUUCAAGUACCACCACUACUGGUGGCAAUAGUGGGAGUUACAGGAUUAAGGAGAUGAAUGUGGGCUUCUGUUUUGCUGUGUUUGUUCUUCUUGCUAGUUUCAUUGUUUUCUAGUUCUGAUGAUAUAAUUUUUUUUUUUUUGGUAUGAGUUAUAUGUGGUGCUAGGAAUUCAUGAGUGUUAAAAAAAAAGUAUAUUUAGAAGAGAAUAAUUACUUUUUGUCUCGGUGGAA